AAUUUAAUUUAUUUAUUUAGCUGGACAUGAAAACAAGAAACCCAAUUUCAUCAUCAUCACUUUCCCCUCUCAUCUCUCGUCUCUUCCACCUCAAAUACAGCUUCGUAACAAAAUCAUCUGUAAUUAAUUCCAUAUCCCAAUUCCCGAUCAGAAAACCAUCACCCAUGUCAAUUUCCACCAAAUUCACGCACUCCCUUCUCUUUCACCAAUCCAGAACCCCUUUCCUCAAACCCACCAAAACCCCAUUUUUUCCCCCGCACCCCACUAAAUUAUUCUUCUCCAAACCCAUCACGAUCGAAAGAAUACCCACCAAAGAACCCAUUUUUUCCACGCCGCCGUCGUCGUCGUCUUCUCUGCAGCCAAUCGACGAGCUUCCACCGAAGCUCCAAGAAAUCACCAAAUUAUUCCAAGGAGUUCAAGAGCCCAAGGCCAAGUACGAGCAGUUGUUGUUCUACGGAAGGAAUCUAAAACCACUGGAAUCCCAGUACAAAACAAAUGAAAACAAGGUCAAAGGCUGUGUUUCUCAGGUCUGGGUCCGAGCCUAUCUGGAUGAUGAUAAAAACGUCGUCUUUGAAGCUGAUUCCGAUUCACUUCUCACCAAAGGGCUAGCUGCUUUGCUGGUUCAGGGCCUUUCGGGCCGGCCCGUCGAGGAGAUUGUUAGGGUUUCGCCUGAUUUCGCAAUGCUGUUAGGGCUGCAGCAGAGUUUAACCCCAUCUAGGAAUAAUGGGUUCUUGAAUAUGCUGAAGUUAAUGCAGAAAAAGGCUCUGCAUUUGUAUGUUGAAGCUGAGAAGGCCAGUGAUUCAAGAAUUGAUGUUGCAGGAGAAACCCAAUUUGACAAUUCGAAUUUAGUAGUUAACGGUGACAGCCGAAACGGUGGAGUGAACCCCGACGAAACGGCAGCUCGUGAUUCGAAGAAGGAUGACGGCAAUGGAAGUUUAUUGGGGAGUCGGGGUUUGAGGAUUAAGGAGAUUUUGGAGAGAGAGCUGAGCCCCGUUGGAUUGGAAGUCGACGAUAUAUCUUAUCAGCAUGCAGGGCAUGCUGGUGUUAGAGGGAGUGACGGCGAAACGCAUUUCAAUGUGAAAGUUGUUUCUGAAGAAUUCGAAGGGAAGAGCUUGGUUAAGCGGCAUAGAUUGAUUUACGGCUUGUUGCAAGAUGAGCUGCAGAGUGGACUGCACGCGUUGUCGAUCGAGGCAAAGACACCUGCAGAAGUUGGCAAUCUGUGAAGCCUUGCAAGAACAGAGGUUUUUCUUUCUUUUUUUUUUUGUUUCUAUUUAGACUGAGAUUCGUGCUAUGAAAUUAUUGAUACGAGUUGCAAUCAAUAGUUGUUUGAAUAUAUAUUGGAAUUGUAAAACGAUGGAUGACAUUUACAGUUGAUCAAUACGAUGAUGUUUUAUAUUUUAGGUU